GGGUCACCUGGGGUUGAGGCUAGAGAAGGACAUCAUGUACAAGCUAGUUAGUGGGGGUUUCAGCUCUACUGAGGGUGCACGUGUGAAUUUCUUGUUUCAAGGUGUGUUUAAAGUUGAUAUGAUAUAAAAGAGGUAAUAGAGGAGACUAUGAAAGGAGGAAAAGUGCAUCAAACUUGUGCAUGUCACAGUAGAAGCUCUGUCCUCAACAGCUUAGUGAUCAUGAAUGAUCCUGUCUCUAAUUCUCUGUCUGUAAAAGGUUGUUUUGAACCCCAGGAAAGGCGCCUCCAGAACCCCUUGGAGAACUUGGAAUUGACUUGUGGCUACCUAUUGGAAGAGGACGUGAAGUGUCUCUCCCAGUAUCCAAGCCUCGGUUACCUAAAACAUCUGAAUCUCAGCUACGUGCCGCUGUUCCACAUCAGCCUUGAGCCCCUCGGAGCUCUGCUAGAGAAAGUUGCUGCCACUCUUGAGACCCUCAUCUUGGAGGGCUGUCAGAUCCACUACUCCCAACUCAGUGACAUCCUUCCCGGUCUGAGCCGCUGCUCCCAGCUCACCAUCUUCUACUUUGGCAGAAAUUUCAUGUCUAUGGACGCCCUGAAGGACCUGCUGGGCCACACCAGUGGGCUGAGCAAGUUAAGCCUGGAGACGUAUCCCGCCCCUUGGGAGAGUUUGAAUUCCUUGGUUCGUGUCGAUUGGGAGAUCUUCACCCCACUUCGGGCUGAGCUGAUGCGGACACUGAGGAAAGUCAGGCAGCCCAGGAGGAUCUUCAUUGGCCCCGCCCCCUGCCCUUCCUGUGGCUCAUCACCGUCUAAGGAACUGGAGCUCCAUCUUUGCUGCUAGGGAAGGCGUGCCUAGCGGGGUAGAUCCAUCCAAAGUUCUCUUGCAGACACUUGGACACUAAAAUCUAGUAUGUACGUGCAAGUUAGUUUUCUUAUUUCUUAUUUCUUUUUUAAUAAUUCUAAAAUUUUUAUUUAAAAAAUUUCAGACAGGGUUUCGCUAUGUUGCCCCAGCUGGUCUCAAACUGCUGGGCACGUGGGAUUCUCCUACCUCGGUUUCCUAAAGUGCUGGACUUGCAGGCAUGAGCGACUUUGCCCAGUCCACAUGUACAGCUUAAAUGAAGCAUUGAACUCUUUGAUUUAGGCAAGUGCUCAGCACAAUGGAAAAAACAUAACAGCAGGGGGCAAGACUGGAGAAAAACGUUGAGGUGGAGUCAAUGAGACCUUCAGGGACCCGUGUCCUACAGAGUCAGAGACAGAACCUAAAGUUCUACAGUGAUGAGAAUGUUAUCCCUGCAAGAGUGGUUACAAAGAAAUAUCGGAAAUAAAGGGAACCUCAA